AAAGUUUCUCCUCUCACCCUAAAACUACGAGAAAAAAAUAUGUAAGGAUGAAAUAACUCUGAAAGCGACCGAGACUCUUGGCAAUAAAGGUUGUGUACAGUCACUUGUGGCUGGGAGCGAAAUAAGGAAGGCUCGAGGGGCAGCCGCGUGAGUGAGGGUCCCGGGCCUGUCCUCCGCCGUGCUUCAGGACCCUGAGGACCCCUGGGGAACUCCGGCCCGCCGCCUGGCGCCGCCUGUCCUCCAGCAAUCCCGUCACGCCCUGCGCGGCCACCACACCCCAGCCCUCUGUCCACCCUGCGCUGCGCGGCCCAUCCUGGCGCCCUCCCCUCGUAACGCAGCCAGACGCCCUCGGCGCGGCGUGAGACAUGGCGUGAAUGAGGAAGGUGGCGGGCGGCGCGGGCGAGGGCGGAGUGCGGCCGAGCGGCGGGGCGCGGCGUCGGGGUGGCGGAGGGCGCGGGAGGACGUUCUGCCGGCCAGGAACUAGUGCGCCAGCGGGCCGCGGGGCCGGGCGGCGGCGGGUGAUGGUGGUGGUGGUGCGGGCCUUGUGAUGGUUAGACGGUGGCGCCCCGCCAGCAGGUAACCCGCGGCACCUCAGGAGAUGGUGAGGGCGUGGGUGGGGCAAGAUGCGUCGCCCCGCCCAUCCGCCAUGCCUGGCGCCGCGGUCCCCGCCGCGGUGACUCUCGCGCCCCGGACAUGAACUGAUCAGUGUGUUGCCGGAGGACGCGUGGGUGUGAGGGGGGCCCCUAGGCACGGGCCCCAGGGACACCCCCCGGCCGCCCCCAGGGGCCCCGGACCUGCUCGCCCACGCCGGCUGGGCGGCCCAGGGGCGGGGGGCGGCCAUGAACGGAAGGAUCGUGCACCAGGAGGAACUGGUGCGCGUGCACGUGGCCUCCACCACCACCACCAUCACGGCCGCCUGCAGCAGCUCAUCCAAUAGCGCCCCGCCGCCGCGCCGCGCCCUGCUGGUGGACCAGCGCGGCGGCCGUAUCACAGGACCGCUCACGGCCGAGGCCGGCGGAGAGUUUACCUUUGAGCUGAUCGAGAACUACCCCAGUCUGGGGCUGUCAGCGGUGGAUGACGGCUCGGGCACCAUCAUCAACUGGCGAGGGGCUCUCAGUCAGCCCCGCGUCCACCGAUCCUCGGGCCGGCGGGACAGGGACUUCCUCGACCACAAGAUCAUCCCGUCGCCCAGGACGCGCCCUACCGUCCUCGACCCUUACCUGCCCACCUUCCAGCACCUGCUCUGCGAUUACGACCUCGUCACUUCUUCUCUUCACCUCAAAAACUACCCCGUGUGUGAGAAUGAUCUCUUCGACGUCAACAUGUCAGUGCCGCCGCCAGAUGGAGCAGUGGAGGAGGACCGCGGAAGGACGGAGACUAGAGGGCCACUGCCGCCGGGGCCGCAAAUCACGGACCACCAGGCUAGGGCGGCACUGCUGGCCCACGUGGCCGACCGCUGCUGCUGGGGGUCCGGGGCCGCUAAGAAGAUGGCCAUAGCAAAGAUUAACUAUGACUCCGCCUUCCACUAUGAGCUCCAAACGUUUACUGAAAAGCGGGAAACUUCUUGGGCUUUCACGCCUUAUGGAGGAGGAGACGUUGACGGUCCUUCCAACGGCCCCGCGCCCCUGCCCUGGGACGUGGUGGCUCACCCUGCACACAUGUUCCACGACGAGGUCAAGGUCAUGCAGGUCCCCCACACUGCCUCAGUCAAGGAGUGCCACCGCUGUAAAGGCACCGGUUCCCUGCAGUGUUCGGAGUGUCACGGCAAGGGCUGGACACGCUGCCUUUCCUGCCACGGCGACGGUUGGUACACUGACUCCUCUGGGUACAAGGAACGCUGCUUCUACUGCCAGUCCUCAACUCACGGCCACGGGCGCCAGGACUGCCUCAAGUGCAACGCCAAGGGCCGCGUCGCCUGCCCCCCCUGUGAUAGCUACGGCCAGAUUCGUUGCUUCAUCCGACUCACUAUCACUUGGAAGGUGAACACUUCUGAGCACAUCGUGAGGAAGGGGGCGCUGCCUGAGGCCCGCGUGAAGGAGGUGUCGGGGCAGGUGGCCUUUGAGGAGGAGGGCGCCCGCAUCCUGCCGCUCACACAGUUCCCGGACAACACUAUUAACCUUGCCUCGGCCCAGCUCGUCAACAACCAUAAAAACGCCUUCCUGGAUGAGCGGAUCUAUGCCCAGAGGCACCAGGUCCGCAUCGUGCCCGUGGCGGAGGUGGAAUACGGCUUCAAGGGCGGGCCGGGCAAGUUUUGGGUGUAUGGCUACGAGAACAUGGUGUACUGCCCCGACUACCCGCACACCUGCUGCUGGGGCUGCUGCUGCGUCAUGUAGGUCGCCAACACCCCCUGCAGCACCUCCUCCUCCUCCUCCUCCUUCUCAAAAACGUGGAUCUCCUUCUUUGAGUGUCUUCGGAUGCUUCCUCGAGGUCCUCCUUCUGCGACUCUCCACAUUCCUCGCUACUCCUCGACGGUUUUCACUCCUCCUGAAGGCUCUGAAGGUGCUCCUGUAGUGGCCGCGUCAGGACGGCACUGGGAGGCUUUGCGGGGAAUUGGAUUGAACGGUGGUGAGGUGCGAGCCGGCGCGGGGUCUUAGCCAGGUAAAGAAACAGGUAAAGGGAACAGGUAAUCUAGAGGUAACUUGCACCUGUGAGCCGCCGCUGCGCUAAAGGUGGUGAAACUCAGGUAGAUUUUUUUAAUAUGUAAAACUACCCUUCCCAGACUCCCGACGGGGCCUGGGAUACGUUGAGUUUGCUUCCACGCCCCGAAGAGGAUCGUGCUAAUCAUGCUAAUAACUGCCAGAACUAAGGACCUUCUUCUCUUCCAAGGCCGCGGUGGACUAGGAUCUUUUCAAAUGGGUUAGCGUGAGCGAGUCAAUAGCGGGACUAGAUACGCGUGUUACUGCGCCAAAAUACCUGCUGUUACGUUGAUGAUUCACUGUAAGCUUCGUUAAAUUGUGAUUGAGGUUUUAAAUGAAUUGCCUCUCCAGCCUCUACCACCAUCAUCAUCACCAGCAUCAUCAGCAUCACUACCAAGACCACCAACCAUUCCAGACACCACCACUACCUUCACCACCACCACCACCACCACCAUCCUCGCCAUCAUUAAUUAACACCAUCAGCAUCACCAUUCUAAACAUCACCAUCAUUCACUCGCCAUUAGUGCUGAAUCAUCAUUAUCAUUACCAUUCUCAGUAUAUCAUCAUAUCACCAUUAUUUUCGUCACUAUGCCAUCAUCACUAUCAUUAUCUUCAUUAUUAUCAUUUUAAUGCUAAGAAGAGAGGAGGAGGAGGAGGAGGAGGAGGAGGAGGAGGAGGAGGAGGAGGAGGAGGAGGAGGAGGAGGAGGAAAAUGAGAUGAUAAAACAGACAAGGAAGAAAUGUAGUGAUGAUGGUGGUGAUGGUGGUGGUGUUGGCCUAAACAGCGGUGAAUUCAUAUAAAAAAAAAAGGAGUAAAAAAAAACAUAUAUAAACUUAAAUCACAUAUGCCAACAAAUAUACAUCAAGAUCUACUACGAAAUACAACGGAAAAGGAAUGUUGUAGCAUACGCAUACAUCACGUGCAACGGAAAGGCGAUUAAGAGACAAAGCGAAACAAAAUAUAACGAACAAAAUACGAAUACUAACGAAAAAAAAAAAAAGUACAAUGGAAUGAAAAACGAAAAGAAAAAUGCAUGUAGGUACUUUUCAUAAUUCAUGUCUGUACUGCACCAAAAACUAUCGUAAAAUCUAAUCUCACAAGAAGAAACUGUAACCUAAAAAAAAAAAAAAAAAAUCACCUUCGUGCAGGCAUUGCGUGAGUGUUUGGGAAGGCCAGGCACCUCACGCCAUCCGCUCCUCACCUGUUUCUCGGCCCACACCUGACAUUGUAUUUAAAUCAUGUACCAUUUGAUAUUUUGUACCGCUGAUACCUCUUACGGGACAACACACUACUCUCGCCAGAAGCAGUACCAGCCUCGGCGCAUUCCUUCUUUGCAAGGUUUCAGAAACACAUAACUAGGUAAACCUUAAUUAAUAUACGCUCGAGGCAGGUACGCAUGCGCAGGUUAAUUCCUUCUCUCCCCCUCCGUGGACUUUUAUCUUCCCCCUAAAAGUUAAAAAGAAAAAAAAAUAUUGCGUCGAAUAUCGCCAGCGCACGUUUAAUGGUGUUUGUCAAAGGUAUUAAUGGUCUUUAAGUUCCGUUUAUGUUUGCGUAAGUUGUCACUGCGCGGGCGGUGUUCGACAAGAGUAGUAAAGGAGAAAGCAGCGAUACGCCUUAGAGAACUCCCAGGCAUCUGAGUCCCGCUUAGGAAUACAAGGUGAUGCUGAACGGAGGUGAGAUGAGAUGAUGCUCCAGUGAGAAUACGUAAUAAUACACGCAAUAUAAGGCAAAGAAGGUGAGGGUUAGCAGCGGAGAGGCAGCGUCAGAGGCGAUAUAAGAAAAUGAAAGGAAGAAUGGGGAAAACGAAAGCUAAGAGGUGAGGUUUUGGUUGUAGAAAACGAGAAAUGAGGAUGACGAAGACGGUACAGUAGAAAACGAGAGGUAAGAUGCGAGAAAAACGGAGAUUGAGAAAAUAUAUGUUAGAGAAAUUAUUCAAUUCGAAAGCACGUAAAGAUACAGUGACGUUUACUGGAGAAGCGGCACUCUUAGGACGAAAAAUGUGACGGAAGGCGAAAAGUCAAGGGAAGUUUACGCGAAUUCACAGGUCAAGCAAUCGUGUUUACCUGUACAUCACCUGGAUACCGGGACGCUCCCUUCUCCUAGCGGCAAUUCGGGCCAGCGCCAAAACCGGGACUCUCUUUAGCACGGCGUCACAGAAAACUGGUCGCGUAACACGUUUUCUCUGCCACCACGUCCACGUUCACACACAGAAUCUGGUCAGUUCGUUACGCCAAAGAAUAACUCCCUUAGUCUUUAUACUGUACAUAUCCAUCGUUCUGUGUGACUCGUUUCUGUUUCCCGUGGACCACAGUUUGGGAUCACAUUCUGACAGCAAUGCCGUAAUGAUAAUAAUGAUAAUUCCACCAUGACUGCAAUCAAAAGACAAAAAGUAAAUAAAUAAAUAUAUACAUUAGCUUUAAACGAAAUACCAAAGUUAUAACCGUAACUCCAUUUUCUUUAAGUGAGACUCCCAUUUUCUUUUGUAUAAGUGAAGGAAAAUUAAACACCUACUACUCUAAACAGAUGCUUCAAUGUUGAGGGUAGCGCUGAUGAUGUGUAGCCAGCCACGUGUAGUUACCUAACUAACUGUCACAUCCUCUCACAUUGUUUUACCUUAGGAACUAAAGACAAGUUUGGUGUUGUGUUGUAAUCCUGUAUUUGUAGCACAGGCGACGCUCACCACGCUCACCAGCCCAGCCGCUCACCAGGACGUGAACCACUCGCUAGCCACUCAUCUCCUCAGCCAAUCACACGUGCCUGCCGCCUACCGCGCUGUGAUUGGCUGAGAAGAGGAGCAAGGCGGGUGGUUCCCAAGGGAGCGCCAGGCAGAGGGUUUCGAACGAGUGUCGCCGAGCAGCGCUAAACACAUUUUUCAUGCAGGUCUGAUCCGGAUCCGGUCUGAUCCGGUCCGUCACUCUCCACAAGUUGUAGAAUUUGUUAUUUGCCGGAAAUCCCAACAUUGACACACGAGACAAUGAAAGACAGGUAAACAACGUCUGCCAUGUCUACGUCACAAAAAAAAAAAAUAAAUAAAUAAAAGAUAAAAAAAAUCGUUAGAAUUUCCCAUGAAGUUUCGAAGCUUCAGACAGUUUUUUCGUCGAGAAUGAAUCGCGCUUAGAGUCAAUGAUGGAAUUUCCUACGGUCCAACUCAAACGAAACAAAAGGUAUAUAUAUAUAUAUUUCAUUUGAGCAUCGAGCCAUCCCCCCUCCCUCCCCAGGCCAGGCGUAGGCACCUCCACUGACUACUGUGCUCCCAUCAUCAUCAGCUUCUAGGGUCACACUGCAGAACAGAGGCCUUCCCAUCUACACGAGUCUUCUCCUGUAAAUCUCUUGUCAUCACUUGAGAUAGCUCCUUAUCCUGCCUUUUCUUUUUUUUUUUUUUCUCUCUCUCUCUCUCUUUUCUCGUUUUUCUUUUUCAUAUUUCCUGUGUUGCUAUUUCACUGAAGUAAAAGUCUUCUUAACUCAGCUGCUCGUCUAUUCCAGCUUACCCUUAUAUUUUUUCUCUCUCCUCCUUCAUCUAUUUUUUGCCUGUUUUAUCAUAAGUUACAGGCCACCCCAGCCAAAGUAACCAUCUCUCUGUCCUUCUGCUUCGCUAUUCCAGGCCACCCCAGCGUAACUUUUUUUUUUUUAUCUCUGUUUCGUUUUCUGUCUGUCUACCUUUUAUACCAGACCAACCUAGCAAAACUUAUCCGUCUAGCUCUGUCUCCCUGCCUGUCAUUCAAACAAAACUUCUUAUAUCAGUUCCCGUUUAGCUGUGUCUGCCUUUAUGUCCUCUCUCUACCAUACAUUCUACCAUUCCUGUGUUACAAGUCUGUUGCUACCUAAUGUACAGUCGCAGCCAGAAGUCUUAUAACCUGACGUUCUCACUUCCUUCGUGUUUAGCAUCUUCCUUCAGUCUUACGCCCUUUGAUCUCCUUGGAACCUUUCACUUCUGAGGUUUUGUAAGGCGACAGGCAGCGCAUUGGACUUACGGUUCAGACAAAACGGUUAAACUAGUGGAGAAGAAUACGGCACGUAAACAAACUUUUGGCCGUGACUGUACAAUCUCCUAAACCUUUCCUCUCCAGCGCCUUCCCUAUCAAAGACUACCAACUAACCACUGAAAUUUAUAAGUUAAGGAGACUGCAGAAAGACAGAUGACCAAUACAUGCAGCUCCUUAUCACUUAUCACUUCCCCGUGUCAAACCUAAAGGACUCUUAUUUCGUAUUUUUGUAAAGGAUCAAGGGCCUGCCUGGGAACAACCAUACAUACAUACAUACAUACGCACAUAGAUACAUACAUACAUGCUCCAUUUUCAUUUAUAUAUACAUUUGUAAAUCGUGUACAUAUUAAAUAUGUAAUACUGCGCAGGUCACCGACGUCUCUAAAUUUGGCGAGAAAAGUAAAAAAAAGUAAAAUAGUAAUAAUAAUAAUAAUAAUAAUAAUAAUAAUAAUAAUAAUAAUAAUAAUAAUAAUAAUAAUGCUAAUACUAAUACUAAUACUACCAGUAAUAAUAAACAAGUUGAGUCAUGUUUUGUAGUGUUGCCACCACGAGAUCUCAUCAUUGUACAUACUCAUGACGCCUCUGCCUCUAUAAAUAUACGUGCAUAAUUAUGUGUACAAAAAGGUUAAUUUCAACCCCACACACACACACACACACACACGACUCUGUACAUCACAACUUGGGAUACACACACACACACACACACACACACACACACACGGCUCUGUACAACACAACUUACACACACACACACACACACACACACACACACACGUACAUGCAGUUUUGAUAUAGAUGCUUCAAGGCUUCAGUACCUUUUUCAUCUUGCUUCAUUUACUCUUUUUUUUUCCACCCCCCAUCACACUUGCUUCAAAACACGGUGUCCAAAGAUAGUUCUCAGCCUCCCUCCCCUUCCACCUAUGAUUUUUCUUCCUUUCUUUUUACAUACUAAAUGUAUCUGCAAGUGGUACAAAGGCGCUGUUUGUGUAGGAAUUUAGGUGUUGUACUGUUGGCUUGAGUGUCAGGUAGAAGAGAUGAAGAAGAAAAAUAACAUUACUGAGUUACCUAUGUUGUUAUUUUUGUCUUUUGGUAUAAAUUUUAUGCUGGAAUAGAGUUUUGUUGUCGGUUGCUAAAGAUGUGAGUUUAUUAUUGUUGCUGGAUACGGAUUAUUACUAUUACUACUACUGUUGUAUUAAUAAAAGAUGUUUAUUUCCACUGGUUCACACGAGACUGCUCAGAGACCAUGAUUCAAAUAGACAGAAUACUAUUUGUACUAGAACCACUUCAUCUGUAUAUUUAAAGAACAAUACCUUUAUGCAAUACCUCCUGCAAACCACGUUAGGUCAUCACUGAAGAGCCUCCCCCUUCCCUCCCCAUUCCCUUCCCUUCCUUCCCUGUCCUUCCCCUCCCCUCUCCACCUCCCACUGCAGGAUAUUUUAGAAUGACCCGCGUCUCACUCUGACAGACAUUAUAUAUUGCUUUGAUAUAUACGCCACUACUGUCGAAACUUGUCAAUUCAGUUAUUGAGACUCAGUUUCGGUUAUGGUGAGAAAUAAUGCCUCGGUAGUGGUGUAUAUAACAACGUGGAUAUUCAUUGCCAGAAAUAUGAAGUAGAAAUUAAAUACAUUCGUUCGUUGAAGUGAGAUGGGCGUGAUUCUGAAACUUUAUCCAUUCAGGGGCGUGACAGAGUCCAAGGGAAGUAAGGGGGAAGGGGAGCAGAGGUACGGGGAAGUACUCUCACCCCUCCCCUCCUCCCACCGCCCGUACCUCUCCCCGUCACUCUCCAGCAUCACAUCACCUGUUCAUUAAACACCUGUGGAUCAUUUCUAGUCAUUUCUAGUCACGUCACACACUCGUACAUUCGAAGCAUUAAAUGAAUACGUAUGUUAUUAAAGAGUAAAGUGUUUAUAUACUAUACGAUUAGUUAUAUAUGUGUAAAUUUUAGACCGAAAUUUAUGUUAACGCAUAAGACUUUUAAAGAUUUUUAUAUUUAAGCUCAGAGAUUAUUUAUUUAGAUGAUAUGGAAAUAAUUGGAUUUAUGAAUUAUAUAUAUAAAAAAAAGAUUACACACAUAUGACGGAUAAAAUUGAUGUCAAAGUAUAUUUUCACCAUAAUAUAGCUACCUGCAUCAGACAUACCUGACUAAUUAAGAGGUGAUGAGCACACCUGAGUCUGGACUACUGAGUACAGGAGGUCUGGAUUACACACACACACACACACACACACACACACACACACACGCACACACACACACACACACACACAGUCGAAAACAACUUUCAGAAGCAAAUAAUUACCUUAAAAAAACAGAUGAGUUUUAACACCAACGACCAAAAUAAUAAUAAUAAUAAUAAUAAUAAUAAUAAUAAUAAUAAUAAUAAUAAUAAUAAUAAUGAAGGCUCAGGUGUGGUCCAGGCCAAAAGUAGCAUAACUCAACACAUUUCAUAAUUUUCACGCGGCGGGUGUGUACGAACAAACUUAUUAAAUCAAGCGACGCCACAAACUUUGAUAAUAACUCGUCUUACGUGAAAGUUAUCAUACGAAACAAAAACAACGAUAAAUGACAACGCGUUCAAGAGACAACACGACCUUUGUUAUUUAGGUCACCUUGAGUUAUGUGUAUUUGACUUAUAAACUAAUCUCAAAGGAGAAUAGCGCUAAAAACACUCUAGAGAAUUCAUGAAAGUAAUAAUUCAAAGUUUUCAGUACAACACGUAGUUUUUUUUUUUAUUAAUGUUUAUAUAUGUUUAAUUACUUAUCAAUUAUCAAGUGUAGAAGAAAGAUUAGUAAGAUCUAUCAAAAUUAAAUAUAAAAAGACAUUUAUCGCCAUCGCGUGAAAUAAAAUUUGCCUGGCUAGAGUCGAACUUGAAAGAAUGAAAAGGAAAGAAAAGUCUCUUCUAAUUUGCCUGCAUCGGCCGAGAUGAAGCUUGUCUGUACACACCCCCACACCCCCAUCCCCCCCACAGCUCCCAUAAGCCCCUGACGAAGCAGUAGAAGUCUUAGUUUGUCAGUUCCUACGCCACAAGGACGCUGCGGCCACUAAAACUCUCUCUCUCUCUCUCUCUCUCUCUCUCUCUCUCUCUCUCUGGGUCGCGGCGUCCAUCGCUGCUCUCUCGACUUCGUUUCUGCAGAGUCAUUUUUUCAUUGUUUCCCAUUACCAGUGAGUUUCCACCACCACUGUCUGUCAGUCAGUCACAGUUAUCAUCUAAACUAUCCAUGACGAAAUCAAUAAAUGUUGACCAUGA